UAUCGAUCAGCGCAAGGUUUGAGAAAACUUAAUUAGAGCUUUCAUAACCACUUAGGUAUUUACUCAGAGAGAUGGGGGAAGAAGCAGCAAAAACAGAGGAGAUAAAUUUCACAGAGGUGUGGACGACAACAUGGGAGACCCCUUACAUUAUGCGGCUGGCUCUCUCGGCUGGUAUUGGAGGACUCCUCUUCGGGUACAACACGGGAGUCAUCGCAGGGGCUCUUCUCUACAUAAAAGAGGAGUUUGGUGACGUAGACAACAAGACAUGGCUCCAGGAGAUCAUUGUGAGCAUGACCGUGGCUGGAGCCAUUGUUGGAGCAGCUAUAGGAGGAUGGUACAACGAUAAGUUUGGUAGGAGGACGUCCGUUCUUAUUGCCGAUGUGCUCUUCCUGGUGGGUGCCCUGGUGAUGGUGGUCGCUCAUGCGCCGUGGGUCAUCAUCCUCGGCAGACUCUUAGUGGGUUUUGGGGUUGGUAUGGCUUCCAUGACCUCACCACUUUACAUAUCUGAGAUGUCUCCUGCGAGAAUCAGAGGCGCCUUGGUCAGCACCAACGGACUUCUCAUCACCGGAGGACAGUUUCUGUCUUAUCUCAUCAACCUCGCCUUUGUCCAUACACCGGGUACAUGGAGGUGGAUGUUGGGAGUCUCGGCGAUUCCGGCAAUCAUUCAGUUCUGUCUCAUGCUAACGCUACCAGAGUCUCCGCGGUGGCUCUACAGAAAUGAUAGGAAAGCCGAGUCAAGAGACAUCCUCGAGAGAAUAUACCCGGCAGAGAUGGUUGAAGCGGAGAUAGCUGCACUCAAGGAGUCUGUCCUGGCAGAGACGGCCGACGAGGAUAUUAUCGGCCAUACCUUCUCCGAUAAACUCAGAGGCGCUCUCUCGAAUCCAGUUGUCCGCCACGGCCUGGCCGCAGGUAUCACCGUCCAGGUCGCCCAGCAGUUUGUGGGAAUCAACACUGUCAUGUACUACAGUCCCACUAUUCUGCAGUUUGCAGGUUAUGCAUCCAACAAGACAGCCAUGGCUCUUGCUCUCAUAACCUCCGGUCUCAAUGCAGUGGGGUCGGUAGUAAGCAUGAUGUUUGUAGACCGUUAUGGUCGGCGCAAGCUUAUGAUCGUUUCCAUGUUCGGGAUCAUAUCUUGUCUUAUCAUAUUGGCUGCCGUCUUCAAUGAAGCCUCAAACCACGCUCCCAAGAUCGAUAAGAGAGACUCCAGAAAUUUUGCUCGAAAUGCUACUUGUCCCGCAUUUGCCCCAUUCACAGCCUCCCGUGCUCCUCCCUCCAACUGGAACUGUAUGAAGUGUCUUAGAUACGAUUGCGGAUUCUGCUCCAACGGAGCACAGGAGUACGCACCUGGAGCCUGCGUUGUUCAGUCUGCUGAUAUGAAGGCAUUGUGCCACUCUAAAGGCCGAACCUUCUUCAAAGACGGAUGCCCCAGCAAGUUCGGGUACCUGGCCAUCGUCUUCCUCGGGCUCUACAUCAUUGUGUACGCUCCCGGUAUGGGCACAGUUCCAUGGAUUGUCAACUCAGAGAUCUAUCCUCUUCGCUACAGAGGGCUUGCGGGAGGAAUCGCUGCAGUCUCAAACUGGAUGUCGAAUCUCGUCGUGAGUGAGACGUUCCUGACACUUACAAACGCGGUCGGGUCAUCAGGAACAUUCCUUCUAUUUGCAGGGUCCUCGGCAAUCGGGCUGUUCUUCAUCUGGCUGCUUGUGCCUGAGACCAAAGGGCUUCAGUUUGAGGAAGUGGAGAAGUUGUUAGAAGGAGGGUUUAGGCCUAGUUUGUUGCGGCCGACGACCAGGGAAAAUCAAGUGGAAACGCCUUAGCAGUACUUAUGG